CUGCGCCGAGGAGACUCUCAGGCAAGAAGAAGGAGAAACGAAUCGGUUCGUAGUGGCUGAGCAGGAGAGUCAGCCUUUAACAUCUGGCUCAGACAGAUCCAAGUGUUUCUGCUCCUGUUUGAAAGGAAAAUAUAUCUCUGUGCCAGUUUGACUGUGGAGAGAGAGAGAGAGAGAGAGAGAGAGAGAGAGAGAGAGACCUUUGGCAAAGUUUCCUUUUCAACACAUCUAAACCUGAAGUGUCGUGCUGUGUGCCAUGUCCCUGCCACGCACGCUCGGGGAGCUGCAGCUCUACCGGGUGCUGCAGAGAGCCAACCUGCUGGCCUACUACGAAACCUUCAUCCAGCAGGGCGGAGACGACGUGCAGCAGCUGUGCGAGGCUGCAGAGGACGAGUUCCUGGAGAUCAUGGCACUAGUUGGCAUGGCCACCAAGCCACUGCACGUGCGUAGGCUGCAGAAGGCUCUCAGAGACUGGGCGGCCAACCCUGCCCUCUUCAGCCAGCCCGUCGCCAACGUGCCCCUCGGGGGGAUCCCGCUCUUCAAAGUCGAAGGGACGGGGGCCAGCGAAGGGGUCGCCGGCGGGCCCAGGAAGUCUGUGAGCAACGGGCAACCGGGGUCUCCCGUUGAGAGAGAGGACCGGGCAUGUCUUACGCCCAUGUACAGCGGGAGUCCCAGAAGCUCCCAGGCCUCUCCACAACCACCAGACGCACACUACAGAGAAAAACUGUCCCCCAUGGACCCUCACUGGCUCAGCCCGGAGCCUGACGGCAGCAGUAACAACAACAACAACGCUUUGGCCUCUGCGUCUGGAACAGAGGAGGAGCCGUCCAGCCCUCCUCUGCUGCCAGCGUGUCCUCCUGGUCCCUCCACGUCGCCCGUCCCGUCUGUGUCCUUCGCCCCGGCGGCCCUGUCGGCCUGGCCCGGGGGACAGCUGGACGGGGAGACGGCGCGGGCGGUGGCGGAGAGCGUGGAGCAGCUCUUCAGGACCCUGCCCAGGUCGGACGCCGCGGAGGUCAAGACGCUGUUGAGGAUGAAUAAGAAGAUGGCAAAAACCGUGGGGCACAUCUUCCGAAUGGCGUCCCAGGACCCAAACAAGGAGGAGGAGAUCCGCAAGUACAGCCUCAUUUACGGGCGCUUCGACUCCAAGAGGAGGGAAGGGAAGCAGCUCACUCACCACGAGCUGAUCAUCAAUGAAGCUGCAGCUCAGUUCUGCAUGCGCGACAACGCUCUGCUGCUCAGACGGGUGGAGCUGUUCUCUCUGGCUCGACAGGUGGCCAGAAAAUGUGCCUACACCUCCACACUGAAGCACGCCAGGUCAAAUUCUGAUGAAAGCAGCAUUCUGCCUCAGAAGAGACCAAGGCAUGAGGUGAUCGGGUCUGAGGGGGUUUCAUCGCUUCACAGAGUCGAGGUGUCCGAGAGUGCGACUCAGAGGGCAGAUGACGACAGCUUGUCUGCAGAAAGCCCGGACUGUGCAUCACAUGACUCAAGCUCACAGUGCAACCAGUCUCCGUCCCCCCGUCCUCACACCGACACCUCCAACCCUGCCAGCUGGAGUCGACAUCUCAUACAGCAAACUCUGAUGGAUGAGGGGCUGCGAUUGGCUCGGAUGGUGUCACAUGAUCGGGCAGGGAAGCUCACGCUAGGCUCAGACAGAGCUCACGCUACAGAUCAGGACAGUAAAGGGGAGCGGCUGAGCUUGAUCACAACAUGCAGGAGCAGCAGUCCUUGUAUCACCAAAGAUCAGAUCCUCAACUCCAAUAAUCGGGGGAAGUGAGACCCUCUGUGCUUGUCAGGAAGUGUGUGAACUUCUGAUUGAUGGAGAAAGGACUCCCAUCAUCAACAAAAUCAAAAGAGUAAAAUUGAGACCGUACCAGCAACAGAUUGUAGAAAUUGAUUCCUAAACCUUAUCAAUUGUGAACAAAGUUCCAAACAAUCAGUUUUAUAUAUUUAGUAGCUAGAAGAAACACUGUUUCAGCUUCAGCUUUUGAAUGCAUGGAUAUUAACAUUGAAUCUGUCUGGGAAGCUCUUAGGGCAUUGCUGUUUGUAGGACGUUUCACCUGCUGCAGAUGAAACAGGCAUCACGCAGCAGCAGCAGGGGGCACUGCUACUGUGGAAACUGGCUCACAAGUUCGUCUACGCUGAACAACUCUCUAACUUGUUUCUUUUAGUGGGGCUGUCUCUUUAAAGCAUGUGUCAAUAUUACGUUCUGAAGCUCCUCACUUCAUGAAACCGAGGGGUAAAGGGGAUAAAGUCAAACUAACUCACAUAUCAAUGUUAUUUAUGUUGGAACUAAAAACAAACCCUUUUUUUAAACCAAGAAAGCAUGUUUAACAGAUACAAGAGUCUUCAUCAUCCUCUUUAUUCUAACUUUCUGCUGCACAACUGGCUGUUUUGAUGUCUUUUUUUUAAGUUACAAAUCCAGGUUUAAAAUUUGAGAUGUUUUGUUCCUAUUUAGUAAAAAUUGACUCCUUUUUUAGAGAUGAUUUGCUUAAAAUAAAUGCACAGAUGCUUUGAAGGACAGCGUCUUGCUUAAGGGGCCUCCUAUACAAAGAACGUUAGUUUCAAUUUAAACCUAAAUGUUGUGCAUUGAAGGUGAUACUGUAGAGAAGAUAGAUUUUAAACCAUGUUACAAAAUUCCUAAUUUGAGAAUUUAACUAGUUUUCUUUUUAAAGGAGGUGAUAAAUAUCUGGAUUUCCUUUAAAAACUGAUGUUGGUGUGUUUUUAAACUGUUCUGUUUUUGGAGACAGAUUAUGGUAAAUUAGAGACUCGUGCAGAAGUUAACAGAAAGAGCAUUUUAGUUUUUAUAUAGCAGCUUUUUCAAUUUUAAACAAACUGUCAUGUUCCCCUAAUGAAAUGUUCCAGUGUAUUCAGUCAGCUUAUUGUUCAUUGACUGAAAUUUUGUACAUUAAUGACAAAGUACGUCAAUGAGGUAGUUUGCCAUGCAUCACUCACACCUGCCUGUCUCUUCAGCAUUAGUAACCUCCUCGGUUCAUUAAGUUGCAAAACAGAUUAUUUAUUUUGUUAUAUCCUAAUAAACGUUACUUUGCAGAUUUCAA